GCACUGCACUGCCCAUUUUAAACGUAUCGAGCUAGCAGGCAGCAUAAAUUCAAAAAUUGAUGGUUCUGUCAUCAUUUUUAAUGCAUGCAACAUACUUUUCCCAAGCUUACUUUUUUGUCAUGCACAAACGCAACUUCUUGCGACAGGCUGUUCCUCCGUAAUUGAUAAUGUGGUGCAUGAAUGUUGAACAGGAGCUACGGUGCAUUAUGUGGGAUCUGCUUCGAAUAAUCAUAAAACGCAACCAUAAUCUUAACCAUAGCUUCGGUUGUAUUAUCAAUUUCAUAGCAAAUGUUCCUUAGUAAGCGAUUUUGUUAUUGAGGCAGGAAUAAUACGGUAUUGUCGCUGUACCCACAACCGCUCGCCGUCCGUACAGCUGGUUGUCACGAUUCGCGAAUUCGACGCAGCGGCACGUUCCUUUGAUCGCUUGUUCAAUACAUGACUGAGAGGUCUUGUUUUCAUUCUGGACAGGAUGUUGUUUCUUCUCAAAUUUCUCCACUAAGAAAUAAACGAAUGUUAGUUUCUGAGAACUCUCCUCUAUAUAACGAAAGAAUUUCCGAUGAUUUCAACUACCCUGGACAGCUAAAUUGCGUACGCACCCAGCUGACAAGUGUUAACGGGUUUCAUUCUAAAUCUCAUAAAAAACUGCAGUUGGAAUUUGAAGCGCCUCGAAGCACUAAACAGCCAGCAUUCGUUCAGUGCUUCGAAGCCGUUGAUAUGCGUGGCUUUUUUGGCGAUACACGUUCAUCUGGUCAUAAACACUGCUCCCGUCAGUCUAGUCCAGACCGCCUUGUGCAUGAUUGUAAAAAAAGCAGGCGGUCACAAGUUAGUCCCUUGAAUCAAUCUCCGGGACCUAAUUUAAAUGCUAAGUGUUCUACAGUUAUAACCUGUCCCUCGCCUGCUGAUUUUCGGGGUGGUGCGUCGCCUGAUCCCGCGGCUCUUCAUCAAAUGCUUGGUCAGUCAGGGUACUGCGAUUGCGUUGCGUCUUCACUCCCGAAGGCUCUCAGGUCCAGCGCUUGUAUCCACGAGCCUGCCCCAGAGUCGGUAGCCAAGCUUCGGCCUGAUGGUCCUUGUAUCAAGCACCCUACACCCAAACAAGUUACUAAUUGCCAAAAUUUACCUUUGCCUUUGUCCAUUCGUGAGAAAGGAGUCCGCCCACAUCUCCAAACUACUGAAAUUUCCAACACAUUCCCACCAUGUACUAACAGCCCUUCAACAGCUCCAUCUCCCAAUUCAUCUUAUACGGGAUCGGUGCCGUGGCGAAAUGAGACCACAGUUGAUGCAACGCGCGAUGAAUUGAAACAGGUUUUCAGUCUUCGAACUCUUGAUUCCGACUUCACUGGGAUGCCAUCAAACCUCAACAGGGUCCGGACCCCUAUCCACGGUCAGAUCUCAAACUACCCCUCCUGUGUACCAUGUGAUGCAGCAGACCCAGAACUUUCACUGUGCAAGCCAUUUGAUAACUCUCUCGUUUACAUGCCGGGGAUCGAUCUUUUGGUCGACGGCAGCGAUCUGGCUCCCCUUGAUCUGAUUUCUCGGUUCAGCAACACACCUGUCUCUUCCCCCAAUAAGGUUGAUCGCGGCAGCAAUGGUUCCGUCACUCCAUUGGAUGCUGCUUCCUUCAGUCAACUACCUGAUCAACUGCCCUCCAAUCACGCCCAAAGACCAGUAUCCUCUCCACACACAUCAUCCCUCAGCAACCAGCUCAUUGGCGCAGACGCUGACAAAACAACCAAAACCACGUUUUCCCAACUUCGCCAACAGCGGAAGCGUAUGGAAUCACGUGAUCGGGAACCUCCACCGGCGUUGCAUCUUCAUUUAUCUAAAGAUGGGACAAGCCCAUUACCACCCGGAUGGCAACGCGCCUUGAAUACUAAGCAUCCUUCGAGUUCGAGUGAUAAAAGAGUUGACUCUGUGGAACGAGAGUCUUCGGACAUGUACGCCUAUUACUACUACCAUGUUCGGACUCGCCAGACGCGAUGGGACCCCCCGGUAUAUCCUUGGGAUGCUGACCCUAUGGAUACUCUUUCGGGCGACACCGGGGAGGAUGAUCCCGAAGCACCAUACAAUUGGGGUUGCGCGUCGAAAUUUGCGGUCACUCACGACGAGAUCGAAGCGAUGUACACCAGACUGCGACAGCGUAUUCUUGAACGGCAAUGCACCGAUCUUUUGCACGAGCUAGCGGGGAGACCAGAUGCCCCCCAGGGUGCAGCCGAACAAAGUUUUGCCAUAGAGCUUUUUACCCUCGUACACAAUGUCCUGCGCACAUUUCGGGAUGCACGUUGUAAACUUGGACGUAUUAUGAACGAAGAAGAUUUGUAUUACUUGACCAGAAAACUCUCACAAUCCGUUAUCCUGAAAGAGGUGCAAAAACUGCACAACGCUCAGACGGCUAGUUCAACAUCGUUGUUCGCUCCAACUGUUUCACCUGAGGUGACAUCUUCGGUCCAGGCACGGGUCACUGCAUACGUGAAGAGGUACAUGACUUCCAAAGGCUCCUAUUAUGUUCGCCGUGUCCAAGCACCUAUUCCACCUGUGUCACUGGCACAUCAGCAAGCACAUCUUCCACAUGUUCACUCAAGAAUGGACAACUGUCAACCUACCCACAAUCUCUCCCGCACAAAUUCAUCUAACCAUCCAGUGAUCCCAGGCGAAACCACCCAGGAGUGUCCCACUGUUCCAAAUCCACACCGGACGACACCGCAAAAACGGAUGGCCUAUACAACUGAACGUGAUCACUAAUAUCAGAUUUAUUAUUUUUUAAUUUCAUCUUCCCCUUCCCCUCGACUAACAUUUCUCAAGUCAAAUGUGAAUUGUCAGGCAGGAUCUUGUCAUACUUCUUAUUGGCAUUUCUUAACGAGGCUUUUGAUCCCGCUGAUAAGAGUUACACGGCCUCCAUACGCACUGCCAUGGCACUGUUUCGUUGUUUGAAGCAUCUACCACUCCCCCGGCGUUAGCGACAUCUAAACGUCUGAUUUAUUCUUUGUUCUACCUUGGUAGUGUACCACUUUCGCCACACAAGUGUUUAUCGUGAUCUCCUGAACGUCGAUUAAGCUCCUGUGAGCAGAUCUUUUUCCGGAGAUUUUUGUACAUAAUCCCUUUCCAGAACGCUUUCACGUGCUCCGCCAUGUUAAAUACCGUUUUCAGCUCAUUUGUCGUUAGAUCGCGUUUUUCUUCUUAGUUGCAUGGACUCGUCCAAAUUUUCACGGGCUUCAUAAGGUUGCCAAUCUAUGAUACAUUUUGAGUCACCUUCGAGUUUUCGACUCAUCUCCCACUCUACAUCUAUGUACAUGCAAUGUAACUAGUACUGUGAUGGGGCUUAAAUACACGUGGUAUACCUGC